AUGGCCCCGAAAGCAAAGAAAGAAGCUCCUGCCCCUCCCAAAGCCGAAGCCAAAGCAAAGGCCUUGAAAGCUACAAAGGCAGUGCUGAAAGGUGUCCACAGCCAUGAAAAGAAGCAGCUCCGAUUGUCACCCACCUUCUGGCGGCCCAAGACCCUGAGGCUCCGGAGACAGCCAAAAUAUCCUCUAAAGAGUGUGCCCAGGAGAAACAAACUUGACCACUAUGCUAUCAUCAGAUUCCCACUGAGCACCAAGUCAACCAUGAAGAAGAUAGAGAACAACACCACCCUUGUAUUCAUUGUGGAUGUCAAGGCCAACAAGCAUCAGAUCAAACAGGCCGUGAAGAAACUCUAUGACACCGAUGUGGCCAAAGUCAAUACCCUGAUAAGGCCUGAUGGAGAGAAGAAGGCACAUGUUCACUUGGCUCCUGAUAUGGUGCCCUAG